CUCAAUUCCCUUGUGCUCUCUCUUUAUUCUCUUGGUCAUGGGUCAUCGCUUAUACUCGUCAAUUACUACUUCAAAAGAGUAUAAGCAGCCAUCACAGUACCAUCCUCGCGGCAAUCUAACACCCAACUCUUUCUCACGCUAGAGGUCGGGUUCAAUACUUUCUUGGAUUUGGACGAAUUUCAAUCCUGAUUUUUAGCUUUUGGUUUUAAUGAUUUUCAUCUUUUCAAAUUACUCUUGUUUUUAGGACUUGGAACUGCGUUGUUGUAGCUCUUUCUGUAUUCUGUUUGAAAAGGAAAGGGGAAAAAAAAAAGAUAAAAGAAAAGGGCUUGAGAACUGAUUUUGAUUUGCGGAAGUGUUGGGCUACCUUGUUAAUUGUUUUGCUAAUAAUAAAUCCACCUAAUAAAAAUUUACAAAAUGCCUCCCAUAUUCCAACAAUUCAAAACCAUUUUCUGGCAAAACAUUUACUUGAAAUCCAAAUUCAAAUCUCCAACCAUACCCACAACUUGCCGCUCUUUCCUUGUUUACAUUCACUAUCUUCACAUCCCACAUAACCGAAAUCCUGGAGAGUCCAAGUCCCCAUUCAAAGGAUUUCACUUUGUUCAUUCAGUUGCAAAUUCACUUUCACUAACUGCACCCCAAAAUGAACCUGCCAAUGAACUAGCAAUCCAAGUCCAAAACAUCUUCAAGAAUUACAGAGACAGCCCCACAAGGAAGAUUGAGCUUGCUCUCAAUCAUUGCUGCCUCACAUUGACAGAAGAUCUAAUCUUGAACGUACUGAGGAGGCACCGAUCUGAUUGGAAACCAGCUUUUAUAUUUUUCAACUGGGUUUCUAAAGGUGGCCAAAUUAUUUUGGAUUCUGGUGUUUAUAAUGAGAUUCUUGACAUUCUUGGAAAAAUGAGGCGGUUUGGGGAAUUGAACCAAGUGCUGGAUGAAAUGACCAACAGAGGGGGACUUGUCAAUGAGGAAACAUAUAGAGUUCUGGUUAAUAGAUACGCAGCUGCACAUAAGGUGGAAGAGGCAAUUGAGGUUUUCAAUAAGAGGAGAGAUUUAGGGCUAGAGCUUGAUUUGGCUGCAUUCCAGAAACUUUUGAUGUGUUUAUGUAGGUACAAGCAUGUAGAAGUUGCAGAAACUUUGUUAUAUUCUAAGGGGAAUGAUUUUGGCAGGGAUAUAAAGACGAUGAAUAUUGUUCUGAAUGGGUGGUGUGUGUUAGGAAAUGUGCAUGAGGCAAAGAGGUUUUGGAAAGAUAUAGUUAGCUCUAAAUGCAAGCCGGAUUUGUUUACAUAUGGAACUUUUAUUAAAGCAUUAACCAAGAAGGGAAAGUUAGGCAAAGCAAUGAAACUCUAUCGAGCAAUGUGGGAGAAACAUUGCAAGCCAGAUGCGGUGAUAUGCAAUUGUAUUAUUGACGCAUUGUGUUUCAAGAAGAGGAUUCCAGAGGCCUUGGAGGUUUUCAGGGAAAUGAGUGAACUGGGUUGUUUACCAAAUGUGGCUACCUACAACUCGCUUAUCAAGCAUUUGUGCAAAAUUCAGAGGAUGGAGAAGGUUUACGAGCUUUUGGAUGAAAUGCAGGACAAGAAGGGGAGUUGCAUGCCAAAUGAUAUAACUUUCAAUUUCUUGCUCCAGGCAUUGAAGAAGCCAGAGCAACUUCCUUGGGUUUUAGAAGGGAUGGAGAGGAAUGAAUGCAAGAUCAAUGGUGACACAUAUAACUUGAUCCUGAAAUUGUAUGUGGCUUGGGAUUGUGAGGAAAGAAUAAUAGGUACUUGGAAUGAGAUGGAGAAAUAUGGUUUGGGACCUGAUCGACGAUCCUAUACCAUUAUUAUCCAUUGGCUCCAUCACAAGGGAAGAAUUAAGGAUGCUUUGCAUUACUUUUGGGAGAUGAAAUCUAAGGGAAUGGUUCCAGAGCCAAGGACUGAGAUAUUGGUCAAUGCAAUGAGUAUGAAGUCGAAAGAAAAUGAUGCUGAACAAGAGGAAAAAGGUGCAAUAAAUAGUAAAAAAUCAUCAAGUUCUAUGCGCAAAAGGAUAAGGAAGAUUAGAGCAGGGUAAUCUUGCUUCAAUAUUUAAGUGUUAUCAAGAUCAUGUGAUUACCUUCUGUGUCCUUGAUCUAUGGUGGUUGUGAAUUUAGAAGAAGUCAUGAAAAUACUGCAACCUUGAUUUGAUUCUUAUUUUUGUUCUUUAGAGAUGGGGUUUCAUUCUUUCUUGCAUUUGGCCAGAUUUUUGGUUUGGGGUUUCUUUUAUUGGUUUUCAUUUUCAUCAUUUCAAAUUAUUCUUGUUUUUAAGGAUUUGGAAGUGGGUGGUUGUAUUCCAUUAUAUAUACUGUUUCAGAAGAAAAGGAAAAAAGGAAAACAGAAUGAGAGCUGCUUUUGAUUUAAAGAAGAGUUUGGACCACCUUGUUAAUUUGGUUUGCAUGUGAUAGUGUAUCUUCUUUUGACUUUGCUUGACUGGUUGCCUUCUCGAAGUGUAUGCUUGAGUUGCUGGUCUCUUAAAACUUAUCUGGUUUACUUAGCCAAAAGGAAAAGAAAGAUGUCAAGAGAAAAAGAUAAAGAAGCCAAGUUGAUCAGAGGGACAUGUGUAGUUGUACUCAGAUUUAUUCUGUUUAUGUUGUAUUUACAAUAAUCAUCAAGCAUUCUUCAACGAACAGAUCUGCACAUGUGCUAGAGCUUAUAAUCUUCUCAAAUGAUAUGUCACUUGAUUUAUUCUCCUUUCCUUGGUUAUUGUUGUUGUCUUUGUCAAAGCCCUCAUUUAAUGCUGUUUUUCUCUAGUCACAAUGUACGCUGAAGAUGAUUAUGAGUUGAAUUAAUGUGUGUUGGUUUUAAAACGUGCUUUUUGAUAGACAUUUGAAAAAGAAGGCUAAUAGG